AUGAUAUCGGGGUCGGCGUGUUCCUACUACGGUUCCGACAGAUUCUUCAAAGGUUCAGGGGCGUUGACUCCCGACGUCUUCGUGACCAUCGACGUCGUCUUCUGUGCGCUGUUCACGGUCGAGCUACUUUUGAGGCUCGCUUUCCUGCGUGUGGAUUUCCUACGUGAUCCGUGGGGGUGGCUUGAUAUAGCCAUCGUGCUGACUACUAAUAUUACCACCUUCGUCGUCCUGGCAGGGGAGGGGGGAGAUACGAUGCCAGUCACGACCCUUCGCGUCUUGCGCUUGACCCGGCUGAUGCGGAUCAUGAGGUUGGCCCGUUCGAUCACGACGUUUGAUUCGCUCUAUCUCAUGACCACAGCUCUCUAUGGAAGCAUGGUGGCUUUGAUGUGGGUUGUCGCUUUUCUGUUCCUUGCGCAGACACUCUUUGCCCUCUUGCUCACAAACAUUGUUCAGGACUUCUACCUGACCUCAUCUGGUGAUGAAGAACUCUUUCAGGCACCUCACGAAAAAGAGGAGGUGUUCAAGUACUUUGGUACGUACUGGAGAUCAAUGGUGUCCCUCUUUGAGCUGAUGCUGGCCAAUUGGCCUCCGAUCUGCCGGAUGAUGAUGGAAUCGAUGCACGAGGGGUGGUCUGUCUUUGCCUUGGGUUACAAGCUGUUCAUGGGCGUCGCUGUAAUCGGCGUCAUCAUGGGUGUGUUCACUCAAGAGACGUUCCGGGCUGCUGAUACCGAUGACCAACUCAUGAUCAGGAGGAAGGCGAGCCAAGCGAAAACCCACAGCACCAAAAUGAAGUCCCUUUUCCAAAAGAUGGCCAAGAACGGCAAAGACAGUAAUGUUGACGCAGCGUUGUUCCAGCAAGUUCUGAAGAGUCCAGACAUGCGGCUAUGGUUGAAGGCGAUGGACUAUGAUGUGAAUGAUGCCAGCUUGCUAUUCUAUUUAAUCGAUAAGGACGGUGACGGAACUCUUACAGUUGACGAACUCAUCGAGGGGAUGGCAGCAUUGAAGGGUAGUGCUCGUAACAUCGAUGUCAAGGUGCUGAUGCGGCAAAGCCGUUUUGGCAUUUUACAGGGGCAGGCAGUGAAUCGCAUGACCGCCGCCGAGGCUCUUAGGCUAGUCGAGACGACGGGACUGAAUCACAAGGAUUUGGUUGAUCUUUUGUGA